AGAAUACUGACAAUUAAUAUAAGUGGGGAUUUUAAUGACACAGAAGAUGCUAAGACUUUAAUACAGUAAGCAUCUGUUUCAAGCAUUUGCAAAAAUUAUAUAUAUAUUUUUUUUAACCUGAGGCCUACAUUUAAGUACACAGAGAUAGAUAGGACACUCAAAGAUACAGCAUUUGUGACUUCUUUAUCCUGCUGACAUUGUUGGUCAAAGUUUAAGUGAACCCACCUGACACAAACUGGUGUAACCCAAAACCACACCAACACUUUGGAGAGGUAGAAUUUGGCAACGAGAGGAAUUUCAAGUUCAUUGGGUGCAGACUGGAAAUGUUUUCAGCGUUUAUUGAUGCUGACUGCCAACAGAGAAAUAUUAGUACAUGACACUUGAUAGAUACAGUUUGGAGGACAACAUAUUUUUGCUCAGUGGGAAGGAUCUACUAGAGAUUACAGUUUUAUAUAAUUUUUUUUCUAGGCAAAGAAAAGUGGAGAAGAGUUUAUUAUUUUAUCAUAACUAUCCAAGUGAGAAAAGAGGAUUUCAGAGUCAAACUUUGUGAGUAAUUUUCUUUUUCAGUCAGCUAGAGGACAUUUUCUAGUUUUUUUUUCUCCAUGAAUGUGGUACAUUAAUUGCUUUCAAUAUUUACAUAUUUCAUCGAAAAACAAAUUGCUAAAGGAUAUGACUCCUACUAUCUCUGCCACACAACUACAGCAAUGAAGUCAAACAUGACAUUAACUGAGACAAAAAUGGAUUUAUACAAUAUACGGAGGAGUUACACUACACUAGAUCAGCCUACGGGAUCUGGCUUCUCGGCUCAAGCUCAGGUUUCCCGUCCCCUCACCAGAGGGAGCCAUCGUCACCAUGAUCACUAUAGCAACAAUCACCAUGGAAAUGGUCACCAGAGACAGGUAGACAACCAGACGGCCCAUCUGACGGAGAGUCUGAUGAUCCGUCCACUCACAGUGUCCAAUAUGAGUGUGGACCAACUCCCGUCCAGGACUUCCCACUCAGCUGGUCUUGCAGUGGAGCGUUCGCAAACGAACAUGUACAUACCUGGCAAGGGCCGUCCAGAGAGACAACCAGAAAAGAUGGCUGUGAUGCCCAACAGGGAGGAGGCACCGGUUUCCAAGGCAACGGUGCCUAAGAAAGGAUUGAUAAAGCUCACAGCACUCCAGUUUGAGCAAGACGAUCCCAACUACUUUGACAGAAGUAAAGAACAAAGAGAAAAGAAUAAAUGGAAAACCAAGCCAUUGCCAAUGAACCACAAGAAACUAAUAGACAAGCAGAGAAAAUUGGGAACCGGCGGCCAUGACAGGUGGCAAUCUGCCGAACCUGCUGACACCUGGGCCGAUCUUGUUCCAGAAGAAUAUACUGUUGGUGACUUGCAGAAGAAGAUAUUACAGUUUGCUGACUUUGCUGGUGCUGAUCGCAAUCCUUAUCUCCGCUUAAAUGCCCGCCAGCCAGCUAAUCAACAGCAGGGACCACACAUUGUACCCCAGGGUGCACCAGCCAUGAGCUAUGACAUGGAUGUGGAGUCUGUGACAUCAGAAGUAACCAUGGCAACCACAGACAUGGCAGCUAUUCCAAGUAAAAAAGUCGCAGUGGUUCCUCGAAAUGUGCUUCCCACUCUCCCGCCCUCAGAGAAAAGGCGCAAACCAGACUCUCGUUAUCCUGCUUUGCGGUCUUGAUGGCGGGAAAAUGAAAAACCUGCGAUAUAUUUCAUCACAUAAUCAAAUAAUUUAUACAUGAAAUACAGUAUUUAUUGGGGGAAUUACUGCAUAAUUAUUUGACAGAAUCAAAAAUGUGAGAGAUGCUUCAGUGUCUUAUAAAAUGAGGCUGCUAGUAUGAAAAAUAAAAAUCAGCUGCACACUUCAGAUUCAGUAUAAAUGUGCUUGGACGUACAUGCUGAGACAUAGCUGAUUAUUUCAGGGUGAUGAAUAUCUUCCUUUUAUUUAAAAUUCUUCCCUUUAGGUCACUCCUGAAUUUAACAGCAGUUUAUAGUUUCCUGUCACUUGUCAUUAGAACCUGUACGAUUUAUGGCCCAUGUUCAUAAACGUGCCACACUCUUACCAACGAUUUGCACAACAAACCCCACCAGAAAAUUACUUUUCAAAUACAAUUUGAGACCACCAAAUUCUUAAAUCUGUCCUACAUUUUUACUGAAGUCAAAAAGUUUGAAGUCUUAAAUUUUGUUUCCAUCAGUCAAGGAAUAAAGUCAUACCUGUACAGUAUAUAAAAGACCCACCAAUAUGAAAUAUUUUUAACAAGGGAUUUUUUUUAAUAUUCCAACAAUAUUUUCAUUUUGAACUUUAUGAAAGUGUUCACUUCACUGCAAGUGCUUUUUCAGUGUGAAUUGAUCACCUGUGUGGCUUACGAGUGCUCUUCAAUUAAGAUAUGAAUUGAUAUAAUUUCUCUGAGUGAAUGGAUUUUAAUAAUAUGCUGUUGUGCUAAUUAAUUACCAUAUUUAAAAACUGUGGGUAUAAGAUGCAUUCAAGUGUAAUUUUUAUACCAUAAGGGUAGCUCAGAAAGGAUUUGAUUAGUUAAAUUAGUGAAACAAACUUUACUAAGCUAAUCUUACACUGGAGAAUAUUGAUAUAAAGACCAAAGACUCUUAAUCUCUUAAAUGUUCAUUCCCAGAAAACAUGGCACAAUUUGUGCAUUGCCCAGCUGCAAUUUAUGCUUAAAUCAAAAUGUCAGAUGAAAGGUAGAUCAAAAUUAUUGUCAGAACAUAUUGGUACAGAAGAAGAAUCUAAAUGUCUCACUUUUACUUAUAUUUGACCUUUUCAAAAUUUAUCAUUUUUCAAAAACCUCAAAACAACAUAUUAUUUUCAGGAUGGGAGGACACUUGAAUGUUCAGUUAAAAUUUACAUUGUACAAAUUUAUCGUAAGAGCAUUUUUAAAAGAGAAAGCACUCACAAACCCCUCAUAAUUGCUCACACAAAGGCUCAAUACCAUUAAAUUGUUUUACUCCAUGUUGUGUGGAUAUUUCAUCAAACAUCCAGAUUUGAAAUCUUAUGACCAGUGCUGUGGACUAGGUUUCUGUUUACACCAGGCAUUGGGAUCACAAAAAAAAAUGCCUAGGUAUAUAGGGAAAAAUUAGAUAUUAUGGAGGUAGGCAAUGUUUUACCAGUACAGUAUUGCAUUUGAAAUUAUUCAAAUCCGUCCGUUUUACACAACUUAAUCGUGCCAAGAAAUAAUGAAAAGAUGUUGAUGUCAUAUCUUUAAUUUGUAAAAAUUGUCUUUUAAAUAUGCUAGUUAGUAAUGUGGCAAACCUGAGUCUGCUUAAAUUUAUCCUGCAAGUGUGAAAUAUAUAAGUGUCUGAAAACAGAUACUUUAAAUUCUUGAUUAUACUUGCAUAAUAUAUGUAUCAUCAGUUUUAAGAUGGUUAUAAGACCUUCUCAUUUUUCAUCUCUACAAAUCAUUAGUAAGACACCAUGAACUUUUUGCUCACUCUGUUGUUUCACAACCUCUCUUUCACAGGUGUGCAUGAAGUUUUGAUGUUAGUCACUUUACUUUGAUCAUCACAAGUAAUGUUAUAUCCUUGUUAUUUGUUACAAUCCCACUGACAUAAAAUGUCAAUAAAAUACUGCUUAAUAAAGAUUGUCUUUUUGUCUAGUAGUCUUCUUAAAAUAUUAAAAUAUUUGCAAUAACAAGACCUUGAUUUUGCCAAAUUCAGUUUUUUUUUCAGAAUCAUCAUGAACAGUUCAAUUUCAGAAAAAAAUUAAAAUCAAAUCGAAAGCUCUUUUGAAAAAAAUCUUAUGGCCACGUUGGACCACUAAAUUCUUAUCCACUUACCGAAUAAUCUACUUGUCCAAAGAAAAAUGUGCUUUUCAACCAGAGUUAACUUAUCAAAACUCACAUUUCUAAACAUUUCUGACAAAACACUCAAAGGGCAAAAAUUAUCACUUUAUUUUGUCCAAAUUUUAUGAGUAACUUCCAUAAUAUGAGACAUACCCUACUUUCAUUCUACGACAAAUAUGCAACAGAGAAAAUCCUCUCUAAAAGCCAUGUUUUAUAAUCCAUUCUGAUGGCUAAUUGAAUUGCAUAUUGUUUGACAAAUGUUUUUCAAUUAUCACUUUUACCUUUCCUUUGUAAAUGCAUUACCAUUCAGAUUGAAAACCGGAGACUAAAAAACAAGGCAACCCAUGUUAUUUGGUAAAGAUUAUGGCACCCAUAUUUUGGUGCACGAUAUUCCAAUAUAACUAAUUCUGAUAUUAGCAUAUUUUACCAAAACAAAAAUUUUUAAUUGUAUUAAAACACACCAUGAUAUCAAAGUUUUAAAUUCUUUGGAUCGUUAUUAGGAUUCUGCUAGUUUAAAAAGGAAUUUCAUUUAGUAACACUCACCUUCCACUGUAGGGAUACAUACUAUAGCUAGGCCCUGUACAUUUUUUUCAUUAAUAAUCCAACUAAUACAAAGUAGUUAUAAGUAUAUUAUAAUUAUGUAGGUAAUAUAAUACCAAAUAAUCACAAAAAUUGCACAGGUUAAACCAUAUUGUGCUUAAAAGCAACAACUGCAAAUAAAAGUUAAAAAAUGUUUUUUGUCUUCAUAACAGCAGCAUUAAUCCUAUAAUUUGGAAUUUUUUGAAAACAGGAAAAUAUGAACCCAUUAACUAAAAAAAAAAAAAAAA